CACAGUGGCCGAAGCCUGCACCUCAGCCUUCACCACUAAGAGGCUGGGGCUGGACCCCAAGUCAGUGAUGUGUGGGAGCUUGCUUGCUGAUAUUCUCUGGGGCCCCUCUGGGCACAGGACUCUGAAUGCCGAGCACACGCCGAUUGAUCCAGUCCUGAGUCUCUCCCAUGGAAGGAAGAACUUGGAUGGUGUCUGGCACACAUGGAUCCCUCUGGAGGCAUCAGGGGACAGAAGACUCCAUGGUGCUGUUUGCUUAGAAGUGGGCUGGGAAGCGGGGCCCAGAGGUCAGAGCCUGGGUCUGAACCUUGGAGUCACUCGGGUGUUUGACUUGCCUCAGAUGCUCUUCUGGUUGUGGGGCUGGUGGCUGUGGACUGGAAGACCUCGGAGGACAAACAUAUGGGGCCAAAGGUCCAGAUGGUGCGGCUACAGGUCACCUUCUGGCUGGUCAUCCUCAGCUCUCCAUCCAUAUAGGAAACAGGCCGAAGAUCAAAGUGGCCCGUGGAUUGUAGUCUGUCCAUUCCUGCUCUGUGGUAUUCUACCUGAGGCUCUGUGUUUGGAUUUUGCUUCUAGAAGAAUAUUUAUCAUAGGGACUGCUUACCUCUACCUGCAUCUUCAGCAAAGGCACAGAUCUGGCACCACCAGGCGCCUUCACCCAUUUCACCCUGUGACUCAUCUGGCUGGCUGUGAAGAACAGAGUAUGGGUCGUCGGCCUGGGCAAAGCUGCGAUCCUGAUACACCUCCUCCUCCUCCUCAGAACAGCAAUGGGAGCUAGACACACGUUUGUCACUGCAGAGGAUUACUUCCUGCCGUCCCUGUCCCUACUGUCUGUAGUGGCUCUAGUGACAUGUGCUAGGAUGAUGAACCCCAUCUAAUUUCACUAAUGCAUUGCUUUCCGCGGGCAGACCCAGCCCAGUCCCAUUCAAAACGAGUUGAACUCAGCCAUCACUUACCAUAAGGA